UCAGUACUUCAAGCUUCAUUUGUCUUAUUUGUUAGAAUACUUUAAUUCCCUCUCCAGACCUAACAUUCUGUGACACUGUCACAAUUUACCUCAUCUCUAUCUAGGUUUAUUUUAAUUUCACACAGUAAGUUAAAGUAAGGCUAUUAAUUCAAUAAUUUGUGCACCAGUGUAAAAAAAGAGAAGCUAUCCUUAGAAAAAUAAUGUCUUCUUUGGGAGAAUGUGGUACAGAUUGUUUAAAAAUUUUUGCAUCUCUAAAGAGUUCUUAUUUUAGAAGCAAACACAUAUAACUAUUAUGAAGUUAAUUCAAAAUUAAGGAUUUAGUUUACUGGGUUAGAUUAUGCAAAAUACAAAAGUAUUGUUGAUUCCCACCAAUUGGACAUGUGGGAAAACUGAGUUAACUUCCCCUUUCCGACCUAAAUUUUUUUCUGGCACACACACUAAAAUAAAAUAACUUUAUCAAUUAUGCAACUUAAAGCAGGAACACGACUUAUAAACAUAAAAAGUUCAAGGAUUUCUACAUAUGCAUUUGGAAAUUUUCAAAAGGUUUCCGACUUGAAAACACUAUCAAUUUCUCAAUAUGGACACAGGGUGGCGCUGCAGGCUAAGGUUGUGAAUAACCGCUAAAAAGCUUCCUGGUCCUUUGUGUUGCAAGACAGAAUUAAAAACAGGAAAUAUCGCAAGGAAUACCGGUCUCUGGGUCUUAGACCGCUGUUUACCAUAUGAACAAAGUUUAAGUGCAACCGAGUAAAGACUCCUUCAACCAAGGAAUCAGGAUUCAGCAUUCAAGCCAUUCAGAGGCUGCUAAACGAUUGGAUGUAAGCACCGCGGUUCCCACCAUGGAGAAGCUGGAUAGAAACCAUCCAAACAGGCAAGUGAUACCUUUUCUUCUCAUGCUCUUUUGGGGUCAGGUUCUAAUGGUGCCUCCUCGGUACACUAUCCUGGAAGAAACAGAACGUGGCUCCUUUGUAGCCCAUCUGGCCAAGGACCUGGGCCUGAGACCAGAGGAGCUGGCUGCCCGGUCUGCGCAGGUGGUGUCUGACUAUGACAAACAGCAAUUGAUUCUGGAUCCUGAGACUGGAGAUUUGCUUCUGAGGGAGAAACUAGACCGGGAAGAGCUGUGUGGCUCUGUGGAUCCUUGUGUGCUGCAUUUCCAGGUGUUCAUAGAAAACCCAGUGCAAUUUUUUCAAGGAGAAUUAUUGAUCCAGGACAUAAAUGAUCAUUCUCCAGAAUUCCCAGAUAUGGAAAUGCUCUUGAAAAUUCGAGAAAACAGCCAGCCAGGCACACAGUUUUCAUUAAAAUUAGCCCAGGAUUUGGAUGUAGGCAGCAAUGGGAUUCAACAAUACAGAGUCAGCCCCAACUCUCAUUUUCAUGUCCUCACUCGAAAUAACAGUAAAGGAAAGAAGUACCCAGAGUUGGUGCAGGACAGAGCCCUGGACAGAGAGGAGCAGGAAGAACUGAGCUUAACCCUCACAGCAGUGGAUGGAGGCUCUCCUCCUAGGUCAGGUACAACCAUGGUUCGAAUCCUGAUCCUGGACAUCAAUGACAAUGCUCCUGAAUUUGUGAACACUCCCUAUGAGGUGCAGGUCCUGGAGAGCAGUCCCCCAGACUCCCCAGUCCUGACUGUCUCAGCAAGAGAUGCAGAUGCUGGCAACUUUGGGAGAGUCUCCUAUGGCUUGUUCCAGGCAUCAGAUGAAAUCCAACAAACUUUCUCAAUAAAUGAAGUCACGGGAGAAAUUAGACUGAAAAGGGAGUUGGACUUUGAAAAAACUAAAUCGUACCAUGUAGAGAUUGAGGCCACGGACGGAGGAGGGCUUUCUGGAAAAGGCACUGUGGUGAUAGAGGUGGUGGAUGUGAAUGACAACGCCCCAGAGCUGACCAUAUCUUCACUGACCAGCUCAGUCCCGGAAAAUGCUCCAGAAACUGUUGUUGCUCUCAUCCGAAUACGAGAUAGAGAUUCCGGAGAGAAUGGGAAAAUGAUUUGUGCUAUUUCAGAUCAUCUGCCGUUCAUUUUAAAGCCUUCUUAUAAGAACUUUUACACCCUGGUGACGGAGAGCCCGCUGGACAGAGAGAGCAGAGCCGAGUACAACAUCACCAUCACCGUCUCCGACAUGGGCUCACCCAGGCUCACAACCCAGCACACCAUAACAGUGCAUGUGUCCGACGUCAAUGACAACGCCCCCGCCUUCACCCAAUCCUCCUACACCCUGUCUGUCCGCGAGAACAACAGCCCCGCCCUGCACAUAGGCACCAUCAGAGCCACAGACUCAGACUCAGGCUCCAAUGCCCACAUCACCUACUCGCUGCUGCCCCCCCAAGACCUGCAGCUGGACCUCCACUCUCUAGUCUCCAUCAACGCAGAUAAUGGGCAGCUGUUCGCACUCAGAGCGCUGGACUAUGAGGUCAUGCAGAGCUUCGAGUUCCGCGUGGGCGCCACAGACCAAGGCUCCCCUGCACUCAGCAGCCAGGCGCUGGUGCGCGUGCUGGUGCUGGACGACAAUGACAAUGCGCCCUUCGUGCUCUACCCUCUGCAGAACGCCUCUGUGCCCUGCACUGAACUGCUGCCCAGGGCUGCGGAGCCCGGCUACCUGGUCACCAAGGUGGUGGCAGUGGACCGCGACUCUGGCCAGAACGCCUGGCUGUCAUUCCAGCUGCUCAAGGCCACGGAGCCAGGGCUGUUCAGCGUGUGGGCGCACAAUGGCGAGGUGCGCACCACCAGGCUGCUGAGUGAGCGCGAUGCCCCCAAGCACAGGCUGCUGCUGCUGGUCAGGGACAAUGGCGAUCCUCAGCGCUCUGCCAGUGUCACUCUGCAUGUGCUGCUGGUGGAUGGCUUCUCCCAGCCCUACCUGCCUCUGCCAGAGGUGGCGCGCGACCCUACACAGGAUGAUGAAGAUGUGCUCACGCUGUACCUGGUCAUUGCCUUGGCGUCUGUGUCUUCACUCUUCCUCUUGUCUGUGCUGUUGUUUGUGGGGAUAAGGCUGUGCAGGAGGGCCAGGGCGGCCCCUCUGGGUGUCUGCUCUGUGCCUGAAGGACAUUUUCCUGGUCACCUGGUGGAUAUCAGCGGUGAGGGGACUCUGUCCCAGAGCUACCAAUAUGAGGUGUGUCUGACAGGAGACUCUGGGACUGGUGAGUUCAAAUUCCUCAAACCCAUGAUCCCCAGUCUGUUGGUUCAGGACUCGGGGACAGACCGUAAGGACAAUCUCCACUGCAGGGAUAGCUUUGUAUUCAGCUAAGUACAACACUCACAAGUGUUGUACAAUUUUUUUUAAGGAAAUGAUCUUGUUUCUAUGAAGUUUUCCACUAAUCUUACCUACUUAUAUCCUUAAGAAUGCUGGUAGUUUCUUUUUAUUGAUAUUAAGGAACUAGGCUUUUAGUCGUACUAAGCAUGUUUCAUAUUUUUCUCCACGUAUGAAUAUCUCUUGGUGAUUAAUACUACCAUAAGCACAAUCAACCCAAAUAGUAUAAUUUUUCUUUGAAUGAGACUCUUAAUGAUCUCCUGAGACAUUUUACUGCUCUUAAGAAGACUUGCAUUUAUGUAUACAUUGGUGCCACCUACUCUUUCCGUGUAUUUUCAUCUUUCCAAGGGCAGGUUGUGUAAAAUUAUUUAUGUUGCCUGGAUCUUCCUGUGUGACUGGAAGGCAGCAUUAUGUCGUGUCCACUACCAGGCUAAGUGCCCCGAAUAGCCAAGUCAUAAAAUGUAAAAUGUAUAUAAAUGUACACAAAGAUAGUGACACUGUUUGUGCACACCAUGCAUGCUAGUGGUUCUGUUGAUUUGGUCGCUAGUGUUGUGUAGUGUGGUUAAAGUCUUGGAAUCUUAUUUGACAAAAAUUAAAGAGAAAAUGUUUAAUUUCUCAUUCCAUUUAUUAAACAAAACAGUGAAAUCA